CUGCACUCUCUCGCGCCCUUUUUCGCUCCUGGGAGCGGGCCCCACAGAGAUCCCCCGAGGGAGGGCCGCCACGGCCGGUCACAAUGGAUGCGGGCACGCCACCGCGGCGGGGCACCGUGCGCAGGCUGCGGCGCGGGCUGGCACGGGCGGCGGCGGCGAGGCUGGGACCGGACGGCGAGAUCGACGCCUGGACGCUCUCGUUCGCGGACCCGCGGGUGGAGAGCGGUUUCCUGAGCAGCAGCCGCGAGCAGCUGCGGUCCUCUUUCCGGCGCGUGGUCGUGGUCUUUUUCCUCGGGCUGGCCUGCGCGCUGUACUUCCACGUGUCAGGUGACAUGGAGAGCGAGAGUCAGACGCAGGAAGCCUACGAUUUGAAGAGGUGGCAGUUUGCUCUCCAGGUUGGGUGCUUCUGCGUUGAAGUGUCGGCGCUGCUCGCAGCCAUCGCAUUGUCGGGCCACGGCCUGAUAAAAACACGUGGCAUGGAGGCUGGGGCUAUUGUUGCUAUAGUAGUGUGCGAGGUUCAUGCCUGCAUCAACAUGAGGCAUUACAUUGCACGGGCGUUUGGCUACGAAGAUCCGAGUUAUUUGUUCGGGGUGGACCUUGCCGGCUCAGACGCCCCCUUCCUGCUGGGCCUCACCUUGUGUGUCGCAGGGUCAGGCGUGAUGGUCAGAUGGAAGUUGCUCGUGCCCGUUGCGUUGGCAUCCGUGCUCGGGUAUGCGGCCGCAGCCCACCUUCUCGGCGGCCCGGACAUGCGGCUGGUAUCCACCAACCUGCUCUUCUUCGCCUGCGUCGCGCUGGUGACCUGCAGCGGGAAGCGGAGCUCCGAGUUCCAGGCCCGCCUGCUCCACCUGGCGUACCUGCGGGAGAAGGGCAUGCGCGUCCGGGCCGAGUUCUCCCUGGAGUGCCUGCAGGACCGCUCGGACCUCGUGCCGCAGCUGGGAAGCUCCUUCGCGGCGGCCUCCUCGCACCUGCUCGGCGGCGGCGCCGCGCCGCUCCGCCCCGCCUCCGCGCGCUCUGCCUCCAGCGAGCCCGCCGCCGCGGCGCCCGCGCAGCCCGGCCGGGGCGCUGCCCCGCGGGGGUCGGGGGGCCUGCCGUUGGAGGCCAGCGUGGGGGUCGAGGGCCAGGCCGGCGCCUGCCUGCUCCGGGACCUCGAGCAAGGCCAGCGGGUGCUGUGCUACGACAUGCUGGGGCGGUCGACCAGGUACGCCCGGGUGCUCGAGAAGCGGGUCCAGUUCCUGGCCGCGGGGUGGGUCAGUGUCGUCCUCGACGACGGGACGCAGCUGGCGAUGCAUGCGGACCAGCCAGUGCAGCCUGCAGACCGGACAGAGGUGGUUCGGGCUGCGGACUUGUCCCCAGGAGUGGACCGCGUUGUGGUGCACAGGGUGGCGGCGGCGCCCGUCGCGGUCAAGGAGGUGUCGCGGCAGCCAGAGGCGGGGAGCACGCUCGGAUGGGUGCACCUUGUGGUGCAGCAGCCCGACCGGCACAUGGUCCUGGUCGCGGGGCUGGGGGCGGGGUCGCAGCAGGACUCGAGAUCAAUGGCGGUGUGCUCCGCGGACAUCGGCGCCUGCCCGCACGUCCACCCGUCCGCUGAGAGCGCGAGCCCACGAUUGGUCCGAGCUCGGUCUGCGCCGCCCUAGUAUUAGCCACAGCGUCGGCCGAAGGCCACUUGGUGGAGAAGAAUCCGAGGCAUCUUUGCUCCCGCGCAGCGGCAACCUUGGAAGGCCCGCUGUGCGGGAGCCUGUUUUCGGUAAACAGGGAAUUUCUUCAACAUCCAACGGGCAACGUGUCUGCGCCCGCUAUGGUGGCCGUAUAGAUCCAGAGCGGCGGACGCGCCAUCACGGAUAGGCGUCCGUGCGGCCAGCGAGUUUUUUUCAUGUAUGCCCGCCAUUAUCCUUUUCGUCCUCCUCCCUCCCUCUACCGACGGCGCGUCUCCCGACAGCGCGCUGGCAGUGUCAGCGUUGCGCGUCGUCGCCGUGCUUGAGUUCGAAGCACCAGCACAGUGUUCUUGGGGCGCGCAUCGCGAGAGGUUGGCGAUCCUUGCGAGAUGCAUGCGUGAUUACGGCCCGCAGUUUGUGUUUACAGUUGUUUCCUAUGGUGAAUCCGACACCUCAAUGACACCUAGUUAGUUUCCGCGAGGCAUCGUUGAUGACCCUAGGCAUCGUUGAUGACCCUUUGCGGUGUGUGGCAGUUGCUCCACGGUUGGCAGGGCGAUGAUGACACCGCGGCAACAGGCCAUGCAGGCACGUAUUUUCUGAGAGUUUGUGGGCCGCACGGUGGUUUCAUUAUAUUUCCCAGAUAGGCAGAGUGCCAUCGACAUCUUCUCCCG